UUGACUUCUCCCUCCUGUGAUCGAUCUGGGUCGAUCCCCUCCAGCCUGAUCACUUUCUGCAGGAUCCUCCUCAGCGGAGCGAUCCCGGAGUGCACGGGAAUUCUGCUGCACGUGCACGCGCACAGCAGCGGCAUCGCUGUAUUGUACUUUGGGAAAGUGCGCGCGGAGGAUCGAUGUGCGAUCGAUCCGCAGUGCGUGUGAUCGGGUUCAGCUCUGCAGGGUCAGUGCGCACGGUCCGCGGCCACACACACGCGCACGCACACACACUUUCACACUCUCACACGCGCACACCGACGCAGUCCGGCGGGGGCCGGAGCGCGUGGAGGUCCCGGUGCUGAGCAGCAGCAGCGGAGGUGGCGCUCUGUGUCCGGGACAGCUCUCUCUCCCCCCCCUCGCUCUCUCCGUCUCCUCCUGCCGGUGAUAAAUUACCGGAGAGCAGCUGUCGGUGGAUUCAGAGGCGAGGCGGCCGUCUGGCAGCUCAGGGAUCCCGCGUCUUUUCUUUCUUCCUCCCUCGCCACAGCUCUUUCCCCGGGACUCUGCUGCCGCCGCUACACCGCGCCCUCCGUCCCGAGCACCGAGGAGCCGCACCGCCGCACGCCGGCCGCAGCGCGCCGCAGGACGGGUAGACAUGUUGCCGAGGUCCGCCGGUCGCCGUGGAUCUGCGUAAUGCAGUUUCGGGACGUUUUGGAGCUUUGCACCGUGCACCACCACCUCCUCCUCCGCCCCCACCGGCCACUCUCGCCUCAGCCCGCAGCACCGACAGCGCACCGGGCUGCCCCGUGACUUCCCCGUGUCGCUCCUCUAACGGGACUCUUGUCUCCUGUCGCCGGAGAUGUGCUUGGUGUCCGGGCUGAAAGUUGCGCGCUCCCCGGCGGAGGGCCUCUAACAGGUCCGGACUGUAUGUAACCCGAGGCGGGGUCAAAGUUCAGCCCUGGUUGGAAAUGUGAAAGCGAAGGGGGCAAAAGGAGGGCUCUAUUCCCCCUCUCUCUCCUUCUUCUUCUCUUCUUUCCUUUUCACACACUGCGCACACGCACGCGCACACACAGGCUGGAGAUACAGUAACCACACGCACACAAACACACACACCUUCCAGAUCUAAGAUUAGAUCCUACAGAUAUGUAUUCACCGCUAUGUCUGACACAGGAUGAAUUCCAUCCUUUCAUCGAAGCCCUGCUGCCCCAUGUCCGGGCCUUCGCCUACACAUGGUUCAACCUGCAGGCCCGCAAGAGGAAGUACUUCAAGAAGCACGAGAAGCGCAUGUCCAAGGAGGAGGAGCGCGCCGUGAAGGACGAGCUGCUCGGCGAGAAGCCCGAGGUCAAACAGAAGUGGGCGUCUCGCCUCCUGGCCAAACUGCGCAAGGACAUCCGGCCAGAGUUCAGGGAGGACUUUGUGCUGACGGUGACGGGGAAGAAGCCGCCGUGCUGCGUGCUGUCCAACCCCGACCAGAAGGGCAAGAUGAGGAGGAUCGACUGCCUGCGCCAGGCGGACAAAGUGUGGAGGCUGGACCUGGUCAUGGUGAUUUUAUUCAAAGGGAUUCCCCUCGAAAGUACUGACGGGGAGAGGCUGGUAAAGUCUCCUCAGUGUUCGAACCCCAGCCUGUGUGUGCAGCCGCAUCACAUUGGAGUUUCAGUGAAGGAGCUGGAUCUGUACCUGGCCUACUUCGUCCACACAGAAUCCGGCCAAUCAGAAAGUCCCAACCAGGCCAGCGAAUCAGAUAUCAAGGAGCAGCCAGAAAAUGGUCACCUGGGCUUUCAGGACAGCUUCGUCACACCUGGGGUCUUCACUGUGUCCGAGCUCGUACGAGUCUCACAGACUCCCAUUGCAGCUGGUACUGGUCCUAACUUCUCAUUGGCCGACCUGGACAGCUCCUCCUACUACAGCAUGAGUCCAGGAGCCAUGAGGAGACCCCUGCCCAGCACCUCCUCCUCCAGCUCUGCUAAGAGGAUAAAGUGCAUGGAGGAGGACGUGGACAGUCCAGGAGAGGAGUCGUACUACCCGGGUCAGGGUCGAUCCCCGGGCAGUGGCAGUCAGGCCAGCAGCUGGCACGACGUGGAGCCAGCUGGAUAUAAGCUGCGUGGCUCUCUAGCUAGCUCGUUCAUCUCCCGACAAGGGAUGCCGUCGCCCGCUGGCGCUCUAAAGAAGUCAGAGAAGUCUGGUUUCUGCGGCGCCGAGCCUUCGCCGAGUGGCGCCUCCUCCACCUCCUCCUCUUCUUCUUCCUCCUCUUCCCCCCGAACGGCUUUCACACACCAUCACCGGCCCGUCAUUACCGGGCCACGAGCGAGCCCCCAUGCCCCCCCCUCCAGCCUCCACUUCUCCUCCUCCCCCAUUCUGCAGCAGCCCGGCUCCUACUUCUCCCACCCAGCCAUCAGGUAUCACCCACAGGAGACGCUCAAGGAGUUCGUCCAACUGGUCUGUCCUGACUCCGCCCAGCAGGCCGGACAGGUGGGCUUCCUCAACCCUAAUGGUAGCUCCCAGGGAAAGGUCCACAACCCUUUCCUGCCGACACCCAUGCUGCCUCCCCCUCCACCUCCCCCGAUGGCCCGUCCCGUCCCACUGCCUGUCGACGCCAAGCCACCCUCCACCUCCUCCACCGAGGGGGAGGCAACUCACCCACCUCGCCCACCUACUCCACCCCCACUACAUCUCCAGCCCAGCGGUUCGUCAGCGUUGGACCCAGAGACCCCGGCUUUAAUAUCCCUCAGCAGCCACAGUGGUACCUGGGAUAAGGACCUCAGAGGCCCCUCCUCCCUGCACUCACCUGUACGACAAGCCGCUGCAGACUCCUCCUCCUCGACCUUUGACGCCAGCUGCAACAGAGAGACCCAUCUUGCCCCGCCCCUACAUCCCUCCUCUGCACCUGACUCCGCCCCCACCAGCGCCAUAUAGAGACUCACAGCAUCUGCAUGGCUACAGCGGAUCAAACGCACCCCCACCCUGGUGUGAAACACCCGCCCUGUAAAUGUUGAUGUCCAUAUAUAGUGCCAGACCCCCCACCACACACACCACCAGACUGGGCAGAAAAACCAGUCGAGGGAAUGAGCCUUUAAAAUCCCACAAGACUGAAUCCCAGCUUCUCUCCUGGAGGGGCGACGCCCUCUCCCAUCAUCCUCUGCGCUGUGGUCAUCCAGUGGACUGCAGCGGUACUACGCCCUCCCCGCACCCAUCGUCCCACCCCCGCGUCCCAUUGGUUCCCGAUGGUUUGGGGCUGGUUUGGUUGGUGGGACGGGACGGGAUGUUUACGCUGGGGGGAGGGGAGGUUUUGGCUGACACCCCUCCCCUCACCUGAGCCCUCACACGCCUCCUGGCAUGGACUCCGCCUCCCACCUGACCCCCCCCCCCCGGAUGGUGGUAGGUCGGGGAGGGAGGAGGUCGACCAGGCUCUUUUCCAAGGACACGGACCGGUGCUUAAUGGAAAGGCCCGACCUGACGGGGAGGUGGUGCGGGCGCCAACAGAGGCCCCGCCCUUUUCCCAGUCAUAACAUAAACUAGACGUGGGGGGUGGGGGGGUGAUGGGGGGUUUUAAACGUGGAUUUGUUGAUGUGAAGUGUUGCGACCAGACGCUGGUGGAUCUGAGCUCGUUCAUCUGGGAGACUUUGGCUUCAUGGCUCAUUGAUUUUUCUCUCAUUUCAGCUGGUCCCCUCCUCCUCCUCCUCCUCCUCCUCCUCCUCCUCCUCCUCC